CUGUCCCCCGAGCGUCUGUAGAGCAAAAUGACCGACGCAAAUGCAGCCAGCCUGGAAGUGGCCGAGCGCGAGCACCCUCCGCCAGAAGGAACAACGCUGGUGCCUCUGCCCAAGGGGUUGCUGGCAAACGACGCUCAUUACCUGUACAAGGGAUGUGUUUUCCCAGGAACAAUCUUGAGAUCUGGGAUGUUUGAAGAAGUCAUGAAUUUCGAGUUUCGGUCCACAGAUGUCAUCGUUGAUAGUUUUCCAAAGACAGGCACAACUUGGACGCAAGAAAUCGUGUACAUGCUGACCCACGGGUGCCAAAAGUCCAGACCUGAGGAUGGCACUCUGGAGACCCGAUUCCCAUUCCUGGAAUUCCCGUUUCCGGGCGUGAGGGCGGUGGCAGCCAUGGAGGGACCGCGAUGCAUCAAGACCCACUUGCCUCACCAUCUCCUGCCGAAGUCCUUCGCUUCGUCAGGGGCCAAGAUGGUCUACGUCACCCGAAACCCCCGUGACACGGCCGUGUCUUACUACCACUUUACACAGUUGUUGUCUGUAACUUCCUUCAAAGGCUCCUUGGCGGAUUACUUUACGCUGUUCCUCGAAGACAAAGCGAUGUACAGCCCCUUCUUCCCCCACGUCCUGGGCUACUGGGAGGCGCGUCGAGACCCCAACAUCCUCUUCAUCACCUACGAGGAGUUGCAUCAGGACCCGCUCGCAGUCAUUCGCAAGAUCGCCAGCUUCCUCCAGGUGGAGGCGAGCGAGGAGCAGCUGGAGUACGUGGCCGCCUGCACGUCCUUCGCCUCUAUGGCCUCCAACCCGAGCGUCAACUACGAGCACUGGAAGGACUCGGGAUUCUGCCACAAGGACAAGGGGAGCUUCCUCAGGAAAGGAAAAGUCGGAGGUUGGCAGGAAAGUCUCAGCGCUGAACAGAUCGAAGCCUUCCAGCGGUGGGAGGACAAACACUCGGCAGACUCCGAUUUUCGCUUCACGUUUACUUCCGGGAAGGCGGAGGCGUGAGCGAUAAAGGGAGGAAGGAGGGAGAGGAGAGAAGAGGUGGGAGAGCAGGUAGAGGAGGAAGUGGUGGUGAUGGUGGAGGUGUGG